UCUUUUCUGGUCAGCUGUUCCGAGAGUCGUCUGUAGUUCAGAUUUCAGUUGUCAUUAAAAGUCAGUCAAGUCCGGUGUCAUCAGAUCAGCUUUUUGUCUAAAUACUAUGGCUUCCGUACGUUUUCCCAAUUCCCAGGAAAUAUGUCGAAAUCGCAACCAUCCUAUUGCAGGACGCUCACCUCAAAUGUUGGAAUGCAAUUCUUGUCUUUUUUACGUGCAUCGAACCUGUUUGCCAGGGAAAGGUAUCAGCAGUACUGAAUAUGUGCGCUUGAAAAAGAAAAAGGAAGCUUUCCAUUUCAAAUGUAAUCCGUGUAGCAAUGUAGAAGAAUUUGUACAUUUGGGUAUUGGAAAUGGACGUGAUAUUGAUCAACCUGUAGCUUCAUCAUCAUCUGUGGAGGCUGAUGUUGAUCAACCUCCAGCUUCAUCAAGUCGUGGUCGUGGCAGUCCAAGAGCCGUGGUGGCCGAUGUUUGUGAUCAACCUCCAGCUUCAUCAAGUCGUGGCCGUGGCCUCGGACGUGGACGAAAUGUAGAAACACCACCUGAUUCUAUGCCAGAAAUUGAUCAACCGGCAUCUUAUUCCAGCCGUGGCCGUGGAAGUCAUACAGUGCCACCAGUUACUACUAUUGCGUCACUCACAGUAAAUAUCGUGUUACCUGUUUCAGCAAGUUCACCGAUGGAGGACUUACCCCUUGAAUUGCCGAUUGCAAUGAACUUCACUUGUCCUCAGGAUUUAAUAUCCCCAUUGUAGCUGGAAUUACGUACCAAGUAAAAUACAUUUUCUGGUCUAUUGUUAA